UUCGUAUAAAAUGAGUAUGCUAAGGCCGCAUUUACACUACAACUCAAAAUGCGAUAUACACUGAGUGUUUGCUUCUUGAUACUUGCUCUGAUUGGAAGUACGUGGGUUCGGCGUGUCGAAGGAAUACCAGUCUCGUGGCCUUAUGGCACGUACGGACUUAUCAAAACUCGUUCGGGUUGUCCUGGCGACCAAAUCAACUGGCAGUCGGGCUGGAGAUAUCAGGACACAGAGAAUCGGCGUAAUAGGAACGAAUUCAGUAACAAUAUCGCUAAUUACCUGGCAGGUGAUUUUGGAUCCGACAUCAAAACAGAAUUUUGCAUCAAAACUCGCAGUAGUACGCCAGAUAACGGGAGUAGGUGGCCAGCGGGCUCAUACUGUAUUCUGAAAUACAAAAUAUGCCCGUAUGGUUUCCAUGAGGGGCACAUUAUCUGGGACGAUGAGGAUAGAAACAAUAAAAACGACAAAUGGGGCGUCAUGCCAGAUGGGGACUUUAACAGAAACACUCGCAUAAACUACUGCUGCAGAAAAGACGGGCUGUAUAGCCACGCCAUAACGCUACCUAAAGACCGUCCGUUCGUCCUGUUGCGCUUCGGGGGCACGUGCCAGUCGGUGCAAGGAAUGGACGCGCGUGAUUUACACAUUCGUUGGGAUAACGAAGACAAGAGAAACAAAGACAGUGCCGAAGGAAUGUAUCCAGACGAUACAGCCGAUCAUAAAAAUCACAAGUUGCAUUUCUGUUACUACCAGCAGUGGGUCACGGGUUUAUAAUGGGAUAUUUGUUUGAUAUAGUUGCCCUUUGACCCGCAGGAUAUGUUUUGCCAGACCGAAACCUGAUUGGGAGUCUGCAUGUUUCCUCCUAACGUUUUAUUAAAUAAUAAAAAAAAUACCCCUAAACCUUAUGAAUUCAUUGUUAUGAAGGCGUAAAAAUUUGUUAAAUUAAUAUUUACAUGAACGUUACCCAAACAUAUAUCGACUUUAAGUAACCUGUCAAUUUUCGCGGAUUUGUUUUUAUCACAGACUGACAGUGAAAUGCUGUGCCCUGUGCUUUUUCACAUAAAUAUUAACUCGGAUAUGUUGCCUAGUACCAAAAUAUCCACUUAGACAAUAUGCAAGUCUGUCAGACAGACAAAUAUGUUUUUACUUGUAUGUUAUUAAGAUAUAAUAUAAUCUGUAUAUAAACAAAAUUAAUGACAGACAAAAACGACGAUGACUUUAACAAGAUCACAGAUCGUUCAAUUGAUAUGACGCUUAAAUCGGAUUACAUUUACCCUCAAUAAUUACCUUCUUUAUAAGACUGAACCAGUAUUUACUUUAUAAAGGAAUACAUUAAUCUUUGAAACUGAUGAUAAAUGAAAAAAAUGUAAAGUGAAUUGAAAUAUAAUGAAGAACAAUGCUUACAAAAGUAUAAACUUUACAGAAUAUUUACAAUUGUAUUUUUCUUAGUCUCUCUUCAUUUCUCCUAUUUUGUUUAAUAACAGAUAUUUUGAAUCCAAGUCCACGGGAAUUUGUUUCUCGGUGAUUAAUUAUAUGUCUAGCAAAUCCCUCCAUUUGUUUUGAAUACUUAUAGCAAGUUUGUUUAUGUGA